GGAUAGUGCUUGAUUUCGAGAGAGCGUCCAUCAAUGCAGCCAAGAAAGUAUUCAGAGGCGCUUCAAUAGAGGGAUGCGGGUUCCGCUUAGCAAUGGCGUGGAACAGGAAGAAAGACCUGAUAGGCCUGCGAAAGUAUUUGAUAGGAGAAGACCGUGACCAAAGGGUUAUCAAAUGGUGGAACACCGUGAAUGGGGCGAUAUUCUUACCCAAGCAUUUGCACAGGAGACUACCUGCCCUCCAUAGGCCCAGUAUGUUAGAAACGCAUGAUGCUUACUCCAUGUGCCGCGAAUUUCUCGACUAUCUCAAGUCUACAUGGUAUGAAGGGCCCUUCAAGGACAUGUGGAAUAAGUGGCAGGUAGCAGACACCCGGACCACUAAUGCCGCGGAAGCCUUCCACAGGCUUCUCGGGACUCUCCUGCAAGGUAAGUAUCCCCCAUGGCGAAAUUGCUGAGACGUUUGCAGAGUUGUAACACGGACGCGAGAGCCGACUUCUUAUUUAUGGAAAGG